AAACCACAGGCCCCGAUUCACCCGUUGAGGCCGAUGGAUGCUCACCGCCUCCGUCGCCGCCGCGUCGUCCGCAUACACUUCCUGGACGACGACGCCACCGACUCCGACGACGCCACCGACGACGACCACCGCGCCCGCCGCUGCGUCCGAGAAAUCGACCUGCAGCUUCCGUCUUCCGCGGUGGCCAGCCGGUGGAGGAUGGCAUGCAAGAGCAAGAGCAAGAGCAAGAGCAAGAAGCCCGAGUGUGGGGAGUACAGGGAGGAGCAGGGCCAGGGGACGCGGCGGCGGUUCCGCGGCGUGAGGUGGCGGCCGUGGGGGAAGUGGGCGGCGGAGAUCCGCGACCCCAGCCUGGGGAAGCGCCUCUGGCUCGGCACCUUCGACACCGCCGAGGAGGCCGCCGCAGCCUACGACUCCGCCGCGAUCCGCCUCCGCGGGGCCCGCGCCGUCACCAACUUCCAUUCCUCCCCCUCCUCAUCGCCCUUGCCCUCCUCUUCCUCCCCCUCCACCGUGCCGCCCGUGCCUCCUCCGGUGACAUCCCCUGAGGCAGAGAGCUCCACGGCCUCUCCCCCGUCGCCCGAGUCAUUGGUGUUGGGCGCCGACGGGGAGGUGACGGGGAUGAUGUGGUUCGAGGAAGAACCGUCGGAAUUCAUGGACUUCUCCCUACCGACGACGGCGACGGGUAGCCAGUGGGAGUUCGGGGAGCUGGGGGACCUCGACGACCUCUUCUCGCCGGAGCUCCUGGCGGUCUGAAUUCUGAAAUGGAAAGGGGUCUUUUUUUUGGAGAGGACCUUUUUGUUGUAGUAAUUUAAAUCGAGAGGACUUUGCCGAAA